GAGUCUUGCAAUUUUUUCACAACAUCUUUAUUUUGGUAUUAACAUUUAAUUUGCACAGUUGGUGUUAAAAUGUUUGGAUAUUAAUGUAAGUCUUAGAAAUGCCAGGUUCAGGCUGGAUUCUUCCGGUCAAAGCAAAGUACGGUGUUGUUGUGUACAGUUAUUACACCAAAUCUGAAAACCACCUCAAUCUAUCAGUGGGAGAUGUAGUUCACAUAAUUGAAGAAUAUGAAGGAACAUGGUAUAGAGGUUUUGUUAUUGGAAACAAAAGUAAAAAGGGAGUGUUUCCUUCCAACUAUGUUCAUCUUAAGGAAGCAGUGGUUGAGAGAAGGGGGCGAACUGAAAACAUCAUUCCAACUGAACUUCCUAUUGUACAAGAAGUUACCAAUGUACUAAGGGAGUGGGGAACCAUAUGGAAGAAUAUGUACAAGGCACAAGACAACCUCGAUGUUUUCAAGCACGUUCGAACAAUGAUGAGGGAGAUAAUUGAAAAGAGGAAGAGAGUUUUAUCCGGAACUCUUCCCGCUGAUGAGAUGACAAAGAUCUGUCAUCAACUUGCUGAUCUUGUGGAUGUUGGAAAUCGUCUUCUUAAACUUGAUCUUAGUGUCCGUAAUGAAAAGACGUAUCAACUUGCUGACAUUCGGGAUUUGAGUUCACUUGAAGUGUUCAGAAUGCAUGAAGUUGCUUCUACAAAAGUUGAUAAAAAGAUUCAGGAGAAAAAGAUAGAUAGACACGAUAAAACAAAAGUGAUGGAGACCAUACAAGAAGCAAGGAAAUCUCAUGUUUACAGCUUGUAUGUUGCUGUAAAAAACUUUGUUUGUCGGAUUGGUGAAGAAGCUGACGUCUUCAUGUCUUUAUAUGAUGGAGGGGAGAAUGUUUUCAUCAGCGAGAACUACUAUGUGAGAUGGGGUAGUCAAGGUUUACCAAAGAACAUUGAUAUGUUAAAUAAUUUGAAAGCAAUAUUUACAGACCUUGGAAGUAAGGAUCUUCUUCGAGAAAAAAUAUUCCUUGUGUGUAAGAUUAUAAGGAUAGGGCGAAUGGAAUUAAAGGAAGCCGAUCACAAGAAGAGAGCAUCAGGUCUACGACGAGCAUUUGGGGUUGCUGUUAUGGAUAUAACUUCCAUUAUGAAGGGAACACAGGACAGCGAUGAAGACAAACAACUGUUCAUUCCGUUCAUGCAAGUUUCGGGAGAAAAUGAGAAUUUGCAACAAGUUAUAACAAGAGCAAUAAGUAGUAGGGAGAUCAACCACAAAGGGCAAGGUUUGUGGGUUUCACUGAAGAUGUUGCACGGAGAUUUGAAGACGAUCCGACACGACUUCCAACAUCUUGUUGAUCGUUCCACUGCAGAAGUUCGGAAGAUGGGAUUUCCUGAGAUUAUAAUGCCCGGUGAUGUCAGGAAUGAUCUCUAUGUUACUAUUGUCCAGGGUGAAUUUGAAAAAGGGAUAAAAAGUUCGCAGAAGAAUGUUGAAGUUACAAUGUGUGUGUGUAAUGAUGAAGGACAUGUUAUCCCUAUGGUGGUUAGCAUGGGUUCGGGUGAGAACUCUGAAAGUCAAUAUCGAUCUCAUAUUUAUUAUCAGAAUAAAUCACCAAAAUGGAUGGAGACAGUGAAGGUUGUAAUCCCGAUUGAGGAUUUCUAUAGCGCUCAUCUGCGUUUCACAUAUCGUCAUCGAUCAACAUUUGAGAACAAAGACAAAGCUGAGAAAGAUUUUGGAUUGUCGUACGUUCGUUUGAUGAAGAGUGAAGGAACUACAUUACAAGAUGGGGUUCAUAACCUGCUUGUGUAUAAGGUUGAAUCACGUAGAUUGGAACCAAACGAUGCAAAAAAAUAUCUUUCUCUUCCUCCUUCAAGAUCAGACUUAGAUAGUUAUAAAUCUAAACCUGGUGCAUCACCUAGUGGUCAGAGCAGGUUGUUUAACUCUCGUGUGGAAGGAUUCACGUUAAGUCGAGAUACUUUCCAAAUAUCCACGCUUGUGUGUUCCACGAAACUAACACAGAAUGUUGAUUUGCUUGGUUUGUUGAAAUGGCAAUCACAGAAGAAGAAUUUGAAAAAGAAUUUGCAAUCGUUGAUGAAAGUUGAUGGGGAGGAAGUUGUAAAGUUUCUUCAAGAUACGUUGGAUGCUUUGUUCAAUAUUAUGAUGGAACAUCUUGAUAAUGGAUCUUAUGAUGCAUUAGUGUUUGAUGCAUUGAUCUACAUCAUUGCGCUCAUAGCAGAGAAGAAGUUCUAUCACUUCCAUGCAGUGUUGGAUAGUUAUAUACUUGAACAUUUCAGUGCCACACUUGCUUAUGAAAAACUGACCAAGGUUCUUGUCAUGUACCUUGAUAAAGCACAACAGGAGAAUUACAGAGAACCACUGAUGAAGGCACUUAAGGCUUUGGAAUAUAUAUUCAAGUUCAUUGUUAGAUCAAGGAUAUUGUUUCAACAGUUUGAUGAUAAAGAUAAGAAACAAUUUGAAAAAGGAAUACGUAAUGUGUUCGAAGCAAUCAACAGAUUGAUGAAAAUAACUGACAAACCAACUAUUGCUCUUCAGGCAACAGCUAUGAAGUAUCUCACAUCUGUUAUCAAAGAUAUCAUCACUGUGUUUGAUCCUAAAGAACUCAGUUUACUUUUGAAGACAUUCGUAUCCAAUGUUCCAGCUGAGCGACUCACAAAGCAGAAAGUUCAAUGCAUGCUCGACAUCGUGCAUAGUGACAUAUUUAAAAUGCAAGAUUGCCGAAUCAUCCUCUUAAAAAUGAUGACUCAUCAUCUGAAACAACUUAUGGAAAAGGAAGAAGAAUUAGACACUUGUGGAAAGUUGCUUGCUGAUAUUUUAACUUUGUUACGAUCCAAUAAUGUUGGAUCAACAAAAGGAGAUAUUCAAGAAGUGACUAACAUGUUGUUACGAACGGUUAUACGGGUCGUUAUUAAACUUGAUCGACACACGCAGCAAGCUGGAAAUUUUGUUGCUUGUUUGAUAUCAAUGUUGAGACAAAUGGAGGAAUAUCAUUACGAUGCUUAUCUCUCUUCAUUUCCAACUAAAACUGAUCUAAUGGAUUUCUUGAUGGAAAUUUUCAGCAUGUUUCAAGACUUGAUAAGCAACAAUGUUUAUCGAUUAGAUUGGGUGACCAUGCUCUCUUUACAAAACUCAACAUUUAUGAGAGCAAUUAAGUUUUUUACCAAAACGUUGAACAAAUGUUUUCUUGAUGCUGAAUCUUUCCAAUUCCAGUUAUGGAACAACUUCUUCCACCUUGCUGUUGCAUUCCUAACUCAAGAAUCUCUUCAAAUGGAAAACUUCACUCAUAACAAACGACAAAGUUUAAAAAAGAAAUAUGGUGAUCUUCGUUGUGAGAUGGGAUACGAGAUACGUGUCAUGUGGUUCAACUUGGGUCCACAUAAGAUCAAGUUUAUCCCUGGAAUGGUCGGACCCAUGUUGGAAAUGACUUUGAUACCUGAACCUGACCUUAGGCGAGCCACCAUCCCAAUCUUCUUUGAUAUGAUGCAAUGUGAACUACAUAGCACUGGCAACUUUAAAUCAUUUGAAAGUGAGAUGAUCACUAAACUUGAUGUGUUGGUUGAAGGGGGGAACGGAGAUCAAGAAUAUCGUGAUAUAUUUCAUGAAAUAAUGUCUGAAUGGUGUGGCAAACAUCAAUAUCUUCGAACAUCUGGCAUCGAUUUCGUGAAUUUGAUCAAGACCUUGUUGGGACGUUUGCUUGAUUAUCGAGAUAUUAUCAGGGAAGAAAAUCGAGAUAAUAGGAUGAGUUGUACAGUUAAUUUACUUAACUUUUACAAAGAUAUCAACCGCUUAGAGAUGUAUGCUCGAUAUUUAUUCAAACUACAUGAUCUACAUACUGAAUGUGAUAAUUACACUGAAGCUGGGUUCACUUUGUUACAACAUGCAAGGUUACUUUCUUGGUCAGAUGAAGUUCUUGAAACACCAAACCAGCGUUACAGGGAUUGCAGCACACACAGGGAGUUGAAGGAAGCCAUUUAUUACAACACCAUUGAUUUGUUUAAACGCGGGAAGAUGUGGGAAGAAGGAAUCAAACUUUGUAAAGAACUUGCUGUUCAACAUGAAGUUGAAACAUUCCGAUAUCAACAACUAUCAGAGAUACUCCUCACCACCUGAUGAUGUCAUCAAAAACUCAAACAAGAUGUAUGUCCAGAUAUUUACAGUGGCUCCAAUCAUGGAAAUUCCCAGUCAUUUUAAAGGGAAAACUGUAGAUGAUCAAAUUUUAAGUUUCUACAAAGUAAACGAACUACAGAGGUUCCAAUAUUCCAAGCCAUUCAGGAAAGGUCCCAAGGAUAAAGACAACGAGUUCGCGAGUAUGUGGAUUGAAAGAUACACAUACACAACGAGGUACAAACUACCUGGGAUACUGAGGUGGUUUGAAAUUGAAGACACAUCGAAGAGAGAAAUCAGCCCGCUUGAAAAUGCAAUGGAUGCGAUGGAAACUGCCAAUGAAGAAAUUCGACAAAUGAUUUUAAAAUAUUACAAGAACCCCGAGUUCCCCAUUAACCCACUCUCCAUGAAGUUAAACGGGGUAGUUGACCCAAGGGUGAUGGGGGGAUUCACCAACUAUGAGAAGGCAUUUUUCACGGAAACUUACAUGAAAGAAAACUCAGAUGAUUUAGAAAAAGUCUCAAGAUUAAAAGACCUCAUUGCGCUACAGGUUCCCCUCCUUGCUGAAGGAGUUCGCUUGCAUGGCGAACUUGCCCCCUCACAACUCCAACCUUUCCAUCAAAACAUGGAAUCUUCAUUUCAAGAACUCAAAACUUAUGUUGAGAAACAAUAUGGAAAAAGGCCCGUGUUUGAGUUGGGUCGACCCGUGCGUCGUGUUUCUCCUCAAAGAAAUGUGAUGUCUAUGAAACAACCACGACCGGAGUCGAUUCUAUCAAUGCAAUCCAACACAUCUGAUCAUUACCAUCUCACAGAUGGCACCCCACCAGAAGUGCCAGCGAAACGUCCAACGUCACGCUUGAGUAACGUCAUUUCCCGAAGCACCUCUCUAGCGGCACCCGCUGAUAAGCCUGGGAAGCGAGGAAGCCGAACAUCCGAAUUCUUCGUCAACAACUUUGGAUCAACAAACUCCCUUGAUAAAAGUGUUUCCUCCAUUUCGUCCACGGGGAGUGGAAGUGGAGUGGUUGAACUACGGGAAGAGUUGACACCACAGAGACCAAGAAGACCCAAAAGUCAAGUUGGUAUACCCGGGGUGUUGGGAAGCAAACCAGUAUCCGGACACAAGAGUCCUCCUCCUCUUCCAGUGAAACAUCAAACGGAUCAACAUCACGAGGAAAAAUCAUCUCCUGUCACGAGGAAGCCUCCCCCACCCCUCCCGGUAAAACAACACGAUUCUAGCGAGAAAACCAAUUUAUUACCACCCAAGAAACCUGGUCGUAGUCCAAGGAAUUGAUGUGCAUUCUAUUCACUGUAAACAGUUUUAUUCUUUUUACUCUAGAAAGACCAAGUGGCUUGUAUGAUUUUGUGAUUCUAUAUUGUUUUUUUUCCUCAAAAAUCGUCAUUUUUAUUGAAACCAUAAAAUCUUAACAUGUUUCCACUUGCGAGGAAAAAAUAUUAAAAAAAUAGUAAAAUGGUGUUUUGAAAAAAACAAUCGGAUUUUAUUAAAUUUGGAAUUUAAAUUUUUUUCAUCAUCAGUGGAAACUUUUCAUCUAACUUUAGUGUUCAAUCUUCUGUAGCAUGAAGAGUGUCCGAUAUAAACGAUGACAUUAUUGUUAUACAUGGAACGUACACUAGUGUAUACCAGGGGUUCUUAAACUUGGGGUCCUGUUUCUUUUUGUUAAGGGGGUACGGUUCCAAAAUGGGUACAAGCUAAUAAACCCCUCCAUGAGUAAGUUUGCUUUAUUGAAAAAAAAAUGUAAACUGAAGAUUAUAUUUAUGUCUGUAAGGAUUCAUUUUAAAAAGUUUAAGAACUUCUGGUACAUUAAUGAUACUCUGCACUUAUUAGCAACUAUAUUGUUAGUGGUUACUUUUCACCUGAGUGCUUUAAUUUACAAUCAUUCUACCAAUAUAGAUUUGUGCAAUACUAAUAUGUAUAAUCAGCUCAUACAAUCUACACAGGAAAAGGAACCUUAUGUUUAAUAUGAUUUGUCAACCUAUUCAUGUCUGCCCCAAACUAAUCAUUUAAAUUUUUUUCUAUUUAAACAUUUUUCAGGAAUCACGUCAACUAAAAUUGUUUAGAAUACUACUUUAUUUUUAAAUUUUUUUUUUGCUUUAAAAAAAUUAACAUUUUUUUCUUAAUAUUUUUUAUUUGUGUGGUAAUGCUGCCACAGUUGGCCAACUAACUUCUUUGCUUCCAAUUUAAAUCUCGUCAGCUUGUUUAAAUCAGUGCUUCUCAACCCCUGGAUCACGUUCUCCUAACUGGUUUUGAUUUACUGAGGUCCAGAAAGUUUUUAAUUGUUAAAGUUAAGUUAAUUUAUUGUAUGCUUACAAAAAGUUAUAACUUAGACAAUUGCCAGACCAAAACUUCGCCAUUAAAUUUAUGCUUAAUAAUUUGCUCAUGCCACUAAACGUUGAAGAAGCACUGGUUUAAAUUUUGGUUUUCCUCGUUUUUGAUAAAAUGUCAGGAUAUUUUUUGUAUUUUUGCCUCCAGACCAAAGAAUGUAUUCUAGAAAUUAAUUUUGUAAUUCCACUCUGGUAAGGAAGGUGGCUUAUUGCUUCAUAUUAAGUUUCCUAUGAAAUACUUAAGCUGUAUUUGAUGAUCAAAAACCAAUUAAAAUUUAUCUUCGAA